AUGGCGCAAGUGGAUGACAAGCUCAAGGACUACGAGAUCAGGAAGGAGGGAGAGGCAGAGAUCCUCUUGCACAAGAGGAACGCCGUCUUUUACAAUCCCGUGCAGGUUCACAACAGAGACAUGUCCAUUGCUGUUUUAAGGACCUUUGUUGCUAAGCGCAAGGAAGAACAUGAAGCGUUGGUGGACAAGAGGAAUACAUCACAUGAAAAAAACAAACAGAGUGAAACAUCCAGUCAAAAUGGAGAGGAUGCGUCAACUGGCCAGCAAGAUGAAAUGGAUGUUGUUUGUGAAAAGGAGCUAAAUAAAGCUGAAGAUCAAAUUGAUGAUCUGUCAAAAGAAGCAACAAAACCUUCAUGGAAAGUAACCAGAGAGCUUAAGCCACCACUUGUCCUUGAGGCUUUGGCUGCUACUGGGUUGCGAUCUCUCCGGUAUGCCCGUGAAGUUGAGGGCUUAGGAAAGGUAGUUGCUCUGGACAAUGAUAAAGCUUCUGUUGAAGAUUGCAAGCGAAACAUAAAGUUUAAUGGCGCUUCCGCUACUAGUGAGGUGGAAGCUUACUUGGUUGAUGCUCGAAUUCACAUGCUGAUGCAUCCAAAAGAAUUUGAUGUGGUUGAUCUGGACCCUUAUGGAUCACCAUCUAUAUUUCUCGACUCAGCUGUACAGGCUGUUGCUGAUGGUGGUUUAUUGAUGUGCACUGCCACUGAUAUGGCAGUUCUUUGUGGUACCAAUGGAGAAGUUUGUUACUCGAAAUAUGGUUCAUUCCCAACCAAGGGCAAGUAUUGCCACGAAAUGGCUUUGAGAAUCCUCCUUGCCAGUAUUGAGAGCCAUGCAAAUCGGUACAAGCGAUAUAUUGUGCCUGUUCUCUCUGUGUUCAUGGAUUUUUAUAUCCGUGUUUUUGUUCGAGUAUUCACUUCUGCAAGUGAAAUAAAGAAUACACCUCUUAAACUUUCUUACAUAUAUCAGUGUGUUGGCUGUGACUCUUUCCAUCUUCAAUGUCUUGCGAGGACUGUUCCGAAGAAGAAUAAUGGUGUGAAGCAUGUACCUGCUAUUGGACCUGUUGUUCCUCAAGAGUGCAGUGAUUGUGGAAAGAAAUUUAAUGUAGGUGGGCCAAUAUGGUCAGCUCCUAUUCAUGAUCAAGACUGGGAGUUACAUGACAUUCCAUUGUUCUUCAGUCUCCAUAACAUAGCAGGCACUGUUAAGUGCACAUCUCCAUCUUUGGUUAUGUUUCGGUCUGCAGUUCUAAAUGCAGGGUAUCGGAUCUCAAGCACCCAUGUUAACCCACUUGGGGUUAAAUCUGAUGCCCCUUGGGAUGUUAUUUGGGACAUCAUGCGCUGCUGGGUGAAGAAUCAUCCUAUUAAGGAACAACCACGUGACACACCUGGCACGGCGAUCCUUUCGAAAUCACCAAAGCUAGAAGCAAAUUUUUCAAGAGCAGUUGCUGCCCUCAGCAAGGCUCAGGCAAAGAAGAUUAAACGAUUUCUUCCAAACCCAGAACGGCACUGGGGUCCGAAGGUCAGAGCAGGCCGUAAGAUCACGAGCAAACAUGUCUCUCUGUUGGGCCCUGAGGCUAUCAAUGGUGCUGUGAAUGGUGGUGGUGACUGCCACAAAGAAGGAAACGGUGCUGCUGCGCCAGAUAAUACAGCCCCAGAACCGGAGGGGAUCAAAGAGGUAGUUGAGAAUGAACCCUCAAUCAAACGCCAGAAAACCAGCGACGAACCAGCAAGUGAACCUUGA